AAUGGAUUGAACACUUGAGUGGUAAAAAUAAGUAUGGUAUAAAUGAGUAUGGUGUAAAUGAGAAUGGUUUGAAAUAUGUGAGUGGUAAAAAUAAGUAUGGUAUAAAUGAGUAUGGUGUAAAUGAGAAGGGAUUGAAAUAUGUGAGUGGUAAAAAUAAGUGUGGUAUAAAUGAGUAUGGUGUAAAUGAGAAUGGAUUGAAAUAUGUGAGUGGUAAAAAUAAGUAUGGUAUAAAUGAGUAUGGUGUAAAUGAGAAUGGAUUGAAAUAUGUGAGUGGUAAAAAUAAGUAUGGUAUAAAUGAGUAUGGUGUAAAUGAGAAGGGAUUGAAAUAUGUGAGUGGUAAAAAUAAGUAUGGUAUAAAUGAGUAUGGUGUAAAUGAGAAGGGAUUGAAAUAUGGAUUGAAAUAUGUGAGUGGUAAAAAUAAGUGUGGUAUAAAUGAGUAUGGUGUAAAUGAGAAUGGAUUGAAAUAUGAGAGUGGUAAAAAUAAGUAUGGUAUAAAUGAGUAUGGUGUAAAUGAGAAUGGAUUGAAAUAUGUGAGUGGUAAAAAUAAGUAUGGUAUAAAUGAGUAUGGUGUAAAUGAGAAGGGAUUGAAAUAUGUGAGUGGUAAAAAUAAGUAUGGUAUAAAUGAGUAUGGUGUAAAUGAGAAGGGAUUGAAAUAU